UACAUUUAAGUUUUUGCUGGGCUCCUAUCUCAUUGUUGUUUUUCCAAAGGUAAAGGUAAAAAUAAGUUCAAGACCUGUGCCUAUUUACUUCUGUGUUAAUUUGGAAUAAUGGAAGAAGCUGUUUGCUUUUCACAAAGUUUUGUUGAUAAACAAAAUGUGCGAUCAUUUUCUAAUAUUGUCAAGCCGAAUCUGUUGAAAGAAGAUGCGCCUUUUCUUCUCCACGUACUCAAGGACGAGAAAUUAGUAAGUGUUUUGUCCACUGAUAUUAUUCAAGUCUUAUCAAAAAUUAAAACUAAUGUAAGAGAAAAGUCCAGACAUGACUUUAAACAAUAUUUUAUAUUUGAAAAGAAUGACUCCACACAUGAUCUGCAAGCGUUGAAUAAAACAGACAUAUUCAGUAUGUGCCACAAAGCCCUGAAUGAUAUUAUACCUAGCAAUUUCUUUGGUGGAAAGGACAAUGAAAGAUUGUUCCAAAGAUUUGUUCAAGUGGUUAUUUACAGUACAAAACGACAGCACAUACUACUUAAAAGUCAUACAAGAAAAUGGAACUUUGCAGUUGGCCCCUGGAAAAGUAUUUGUGGAACUAGCACAGAGACUAUUCUUACUAAUAUUAUCAUUUGGAUAAUUGAUAAUAUUUUGUCUUCAAUGAUUUGCCUGAAUUUCUACGUAACGACUUGUAAACUGGAUGCUGAUGAGUAUAAACUUUAUUAUUUCAAGAAAAACCAAUGGCAAAGUUUUUAUGAUAGAACAAUAUCAAACAUGGUUCUGAGAUCAGUUAUAACCAAAGUUGACUGUUAUUGUGUAGGUAAGCAGGUGAAGCGGUCUUACAGUCACAAUAAAAAAAGGAAACUUAAGAGUUUUAAGAAGGAUAUACCAAAGUUACAUUUAGUUUUGAAAAAGAAUAACGAUUGCCGGCCGAUCGUGAGGUAUAAAAGCGACUCUUUAAGUCUGGCUGAGAAGUAUAAAAUUAGGGACAGGCUGAAUUUUCUGAAAUCCUUAACAGGAAAACCCCAUACAAAAAUAGAAAACCAGUUUUCCUUGGUAUAUAACGAAUGGCUUAAACGGAAUAAACCACGACUUUAUUUUGUUAAGACUGAUUUAAGUAAUGCUUUUGGGGCAAUAGAUAGAGAAGCUUUACUCAAGAUAUUGGACGAGAGAUAUCGGAAAUAUAAAUCCGAAAAUAUUGGUUUGACUGAAAAAUUUAAGCAACAAUAUAAGGAACUGAUAGCAGAAUUGAGGAAACCCAUCUUAGUUCGCGCUGGAUCCACGAUUUUUAAUUGGAAGAAAGGUCUUGUUCAAGGAUAUAAAUAUUCGCCGGCGCUUUCAGAGCUGUAUUACACGCAUAUGGAUGAAAUAUAUUUUUCUCAACAUCUGCAGAAGGCGGAAUCUGGCAUACGACUGUUUAUCCGAGUUGUAGAUGAUUAUUUGUACAUUACAGAUUCUUUGAAAGACGGCCAAUCAUUUUUAGACGCACUAACGAGUUACAAAAAUGUUAAUUAUGAAAAAACAGUCACUAAUUUUCAUCAAGAAGGUAUUAAAUUUAGCGAAGAGAUAACUAUUCUUGGCUAUACAUACAAUACACUAACGUUGCACGUGCGUCGGGCGAAUAAUGUAUUUACUGGACAAAUGUGUUACAAAAUAGCAUUCUCACAAGCAAUCAUGAAUUUAUACAACUUUUUGGAGCAACGCAUCGGCCAAUCGAGUAUUCACAUAAACGAGCACCUUUUCAAUUUGCGCCGUAAUACGGAAGAGGAAAUUUGGACUCAUAUUUUUACUACUUUGUGUCUUUCUGCAAAUAAAUUUUGCACGAUUUUAGCAAUUCUGUGCGACGGAAACGCAAUGAAGCAAUAUUUAUCGCUGUAUAAGAAGAAAGUUACGGUGAAACUUUGUAACACAGUGAUAGAGACGUUGAUGAAGAAUAAAUACAAAGAUGUGCCUUUCGUUUAUUGUAUAAAUCAUUUUAGAUAUUUAUCAUGGAAAGCGUUGAUUAUGUGCGCGCAAAAAACUCCGAGAUGUACGACUCUUGUACCAUUUAUUGGCGCAGAGUUGGCGAAGUGUAAUUGUUUGUUUGGAAGAUGGAGAGAGCACGCUAGUAGGAUAGACGGCGGUGGCGUUUGUUCGCGGCCGGCCGUGAGGGAAAUCUGCAGGCGGUCCGAUUGGAGAGUAAUCAUGAAGAAAUUCGAUGAAUUGCCACCGGGAUUCGAGUGCUAUAAUCGCAGGAAGUUCUUGGAGUUGUAAUAUUUUAACCCUUCAGCUGCGGCGGCUAUACGCAAACUGCGCACCUCGUCUGCGGCGUUCAAGCGCCGCGGCGGACGGGCGCGCAGUGUCUUAGAUUUUGUUGUAUAUCUGUAUAUAAUUAUUUGGGACCUACCCAAAAAUUUAUUUUUUUUUAAAGAUAUAUAAAUGAAGAAUCAUAUGCAAUAAAUUUUGAUGCGAAAAAACACUUGCGUUUAUUAUAUUUAGGUCACUGAAUUCAAAA